AUGAAACGUAAGAAGGACUCUAUUGCUUAUCCAGAUGAACUCAUGUGUCCUGUCCCUCGAAGACCAACCAACAACACACCAACGGCUCUUCUAAGAAUACUUCGUGUCAUAUUCGCUCGGUUUCCAGGCAAAAAAACUCCAUUGGGCGUGUGUGCGCGGCCUCUCACGGGCUCUCUGACGAGAAGCGUGACCUGGUGCUUGCGGAGGAAACUGGUCUUUCCUCUAGUGGAGAGCAGCCUGUCUGUAGCGCAAGAUCUAGGAAUGCGAAUGCCCCUCACCCUCACCCUCCUACUAGAUCCCUCCUCAAUCUCUUUCCUCAAUCCGCCAUCCUUAAUUGAUGGCGAGGCGGGCUUCGUUAUGGAGGGCCGGAACACUGUUUACAACUCCGACGAGGGCCCGUUUGCUUUCACCCCCUCAGAGAAAGGACCUGAGACUUGGAAUCAUCGAAAUAAUUCUCUUCCCUUCGACAGCCGCGGUUGUGCCAGUGGUUUUCCCGGAUUCAGAAAACCAAACUCCGGUACGCUAGCUCCAGAAGGUCUCCCGAUUCCACCUUCUUUCGUCACAGGAAAUUCACAAGGGUGUGAUAUGCCCACUAUGCAAGCUACCGUCGACGCUGCUGCAACUGGUCCGGCCUCUUCUCCGAACGCUCGUCCGCCGGCUACCCUAGCUCACACUUCAAUCAGCAGGUUUGAGAAGAAUGAUGUUCAUGCUCCCCCCUUUAAGUUCAAUGCCAUGGCAAAGCCGUUCGACCCCAAGGCCGAGUCGCACGAGGUGACGCCUCUUCAGAGAAAAGCUGCACCUACUUUCACCACCUUUCACCCAUUCCCCUUCCUUCCUGCCGAGAUCCGUGAGCGCGUCUACGAGUAUGCCCUCAACUUCUGUUCUGCCAUUCGUCCCCAACUUUGCAAUGAAGGCUCUGCCAUCCGCUUCCACGACGCCAACCAUUCUGAGCACAAUGCCGUCUUCCGUCAGAUGGCUGUUACCCGUGUCUCCAGGCUAGUUCGCAACGAGAGCCUGAAAGUCUUCUACGGGUGCAACAUCUUCACUUGCGAUAUCGAUACUGCCAUCUUCUUCGAACGCCUCACUCAUCUGGGCCUCUUCGGCAUGAUCCGCCACGUUGACGUCCAAAUUCCUUUCUACUACGAAGAAUACGGCGCUAAGGUUCUUUCCCUUCUUCGCCAAAAUAUCAAAGCCCAAGAGCAGUUCCAGCUCAGGUUUGAGACCAAUUACCGCAGUCCCUACACCCUUAAGACCAACACCCUUAAGACCAAUACCAGCGCCGUUACCACCAUGAUCUCGAACAUCAAAAAGAUCAUGACUUCCGAGAAGGCUAACAACGCCACUACUGACUAUGACUUCUGGGCCGAGCGCCACGGCCUCGAGACCUUCAAGAAGCAUCCCGCAUAUGCCGCCAUUGAUCCUGAUACUGGCCUCUUUGUCGUUCUCCGAAAGCUCUCGGCCCGAGCUGGGUCGGGCCGGCGCGCCCUGACUCUGCACGUCCCAACGGCUAGCCUGCUUGCAGAGCCUAACCUGGUCUGGUUCACCAAGGUCAUGGAGGGCCUUGAUAUUGAUCUGAAUCUGGUUGAGGGAGCUGAUCUAGUCAGCUCUGGAGGCCAAUUCAAGGUGUCCUGGCACCAAAAGCUUCAGCGGCGCGAUUUGAAGGAGGCGGACGAGAGGAUGGCCAUCCCGGUCCGAAGACAGAUCAUGGAGAAGGCCUUGAAAAUAUUCCCCAAGAUGAUGAGUUGGGACUUGCCGCGUCGUUCCAGCUACUACCGCCGUGGCUGCCACGGCGGCAUCGAGUGGUUCGAUGUUGACCUCGCUUGA